AUGGCUUCUUUGUACAGAACGGCUGCAGCAGUGUGCCUCGUCGCACUCAGUGUGCUUCAAGCACAGGCACAGGGGAAUACUGCAACAUACAAAUUUACAGUAGAGAAGGUAGAUGAAGACGCCUACGUGGCCGCCAACUUGGCCCGUAAUGGAAAACUCCCUGUUCAUAUCAGUGGAGUCGCAAAGGCCGACAACCUUGUCUCUAGCUUGACGGACAAAGUGAAAGCCGCAACAGGAGCAGCUGACGCGACGUGCAGUGCAUUGAUAAAAGACGAUCUUAAAGCGGUGUUUCAUCGCUCCUUCGACUACAGUGAAGCCCCCAACUACCGAAAAUUGCUGCAGGAGGCUCUUGAGGACGGAUUGAAAAUCUUCGAUGAGGAGUAUUUCAACGGACUUAUUACACGCACAACUGAGCUAGAAGAUAUGACCGAAGACGACCUGAAGGUUUCUGUUGGAAAUGGUGUAGCGGCAGCUGCUGUCCCUACGAUUUUAAUUGCCGGUUUUGUUGCCAUGCUGGCAGCUGUCUCUGCCUAA